AUGGCUAUGAAAUACGUUGCAGCAUAUCUUAUGUGUGUGUUGGGAGGAAAUGAAAACCCAAGCACAAAAGAAGUUAAGAAUGUUUUGGGAGCCGUAAAUGCUGAUGUAGAAGAUGAAGUUUUAAACAAUUUUAUUGAUUCUUUAAAAGGAAAGAGUUGCCAUGAAUUAAUUACUGAUGGAUUAAAGAAAUUACAAAAUAUCGGAGGUGGUGUAGCUGCCGCACCAGCUGGUGCCGCUGCAGUAGAAACUGCUGAUACCAAGAAAGAAGAUAAGAAAGAAGAAAAGAAAGAAGAAGAAGAGGAAGAAGAAGACGACUUAGGAUUUUCCUUAUUUGGUUAA